UUUUUUUUUGGCCGGCGGUGGGUGGUGUGCGGAAAAAAAAAAGCAAUCUAGGCAAGCAGCAUGCGCGACCUGACCUGACCCGAGUCGAGGGCGGUGGAUGGCCGUUGAUGCUAUCUCGUCAGGGACCUGGCGCAGAGACAAAGAGGGAGCCGGAAGACUCGAUGAAGGAGAGAAGAGAAGAAGCUAGUGUCAGGGCAGGUGGGUUUGCAAGCCAGCGCAGCCGAGCAGUCGAGCAGCAAUUGAGAAGAGCAGAGGAAUUAGGGGUGCUGGUGGUUUUGUUGUGGCAGGCCAGGCCAGUAGCCUCGUAGUGUAAGAUUACGGGGAG